AUGUACCAGCUUUCCGCCAUUUCUCUUGCGCACCUUUAUGGCCUGCUCCAGCCAAUAACCGUCCCUCAUACUUCUCCCAAAGCCAAUUUUACCAAUUGGAGUCGGACAUUCGCUUGUUCCCCACUCGCAAUAUUUGAGCCAGAGACAGAAUACCAUUGCGAGCUCAUUUUAGAACUCGCUCGACGUGAAGGCAGAGUGGUCCGAGCAGUCGGAGUGGGCCAUAGCCCCAGUGACCUCGCCUGCACCACCGGCUACAUGCUGCGAACCACCAAGCUCGACCGGCUUUUGGAGAUCCAUGCAGAUAAAAGAUAUGUCAUCGCUCAGGCCGGAAUUACACUUGAUGCACUGCAUGCCGAACUUGCAAACCAUGGCCUUGCCAUGAUCAAUGUCGGCUCGAUCUCCGACCAAACCUUGGGCGGUAUUGUAACAACCGCAACCCACGGAACUGGUAUCAACUAUGGCGUGAUUCCUACGCAUGUCAUGGCACUGUCGUUGUUGCUGGCGGAUGGAUCUCGCGUAUUCUGUUCUCGCCAAGAGAGGCCCGAUCUUUUCAUGGCGUCAAUAUGCGGAUUGGGCAGCACGGGCCUUAUCUUGACGGUUACCCUUGAGGUGGAACCCGCGUUUCGCCUCAAAGAAGUUCAGCAAUCCAUCCAGUUUCAUGAAUGUGUGCAAAUCUUGGACAGCCUCGUCACUGCCUCAGAACAUGUUCGGUUUUGGUGGUUCCCAGCUGCGGACACCAUGCGGGUUAGUUCAGCCGACCGUACCGUAGAGCCAGCCAAACCGGCAGGAAGCUGGCUCUGGCAUUCGUUUUUCGGCUUUCACGUAGUGCAGUUUCUACUUUUUGUGGCAAGAUACAUCUUGUCACUGAACAUCUUCAUCGGUCGCUUUGCAGCAUGGCUAGUCAGCACCAAAGUUACCGCGAUCGAUGAAAGCUUCCGUAUCUUUAACUUGGAGUGCAGAUACCCGCAGCACACUACUGAAUGGGCUAUCCCUUACGAAAACACGAAAGCCUGUCUUUAUGAUUUGCAUGAUUGGAUCACGCGCGAGCUCUCCGACCCCAAAGGUCUCCGCCCUCAUUUCCCUAUUGAAGUGCGAUUCUCCGACGGAGACGACAUCUGGCUAAGUCCCAGCAACGGACAGAAGACUUGCUGGAUCGGGAUAGUUCAAUUUAAACCCUACGGGUGCGAGGUUCCUUACAAGACGCUGUUCGAGCGUUUUGAAGCCAUCUUGUACCGUCACAGUGGCCGGCCUCAUUGGGCUAAGGCACAUCCCCUCCGUCCGGAGGCGCUUCGCAGAAUGUAUCCCCAAUUCGACGACUUCACCCGUGUACUUCAGGCGGUCGACCCUCGUGGGAUGUUUCGGAAUGAGUAUGUGGAACGCCACAUAUUUGGCAAGACGGGUCCAGAAUACGACAACAGAGUUUUCAAGCGUUAUGCCCCUUCACGGUAA